ACCCAGGAAUCGAGGAGGCGCGCGGUGUCAAUGUAGGUAAUAUUCAGCGCGCAUGGCAGCCUAGGGGUUAUUUUUUCAGUUUAAUUAUAUUUUAUAAGGUUUUCCAAGCUAAUAAUGGCGUUUCUGACCUACCUGACUCUACUGACGACAGUCGCCAUAACACAGGUGACUGCUAGUUGCCCAGCUGUGUGCGAAUGCCCGGCACAGCCCCCCGUGUGCCCCCCAGGCGUGAGCACCGUGCCAGACAACUGCGGCUGCUGCAAGGUGUGCGCCGCACAGCUGAACGAAGACUGCAGCCGCACAAAGCCCUGCGACCCCCACAGAGGGCUGGAGUGUAAUUAUGGCAACGACGUGACCGUGGCCUGGGGCGUCUGUCGAGCAAAAGCGGAGGGACGCACAUGCGAGUACAACAACAGGAUCUACCAGAAUGGCGAGAUGUUCCACGCAGGCUGUAAGCACCAGUGUUCCUGCAUUGAUGGAGCCAUCGGCUGCACUCUGCUCUGCAGCAACACGCUGCCACCUGCUUCACCCUCCUGCCCCUUCCCACGACUGGUCAGGAUACCGGGACAGUGCUGCUUCACUGUUGACUGCCAUAAGGACACCUGGCUUCUCCCACCUAAGUACCAGGAGCCUCUUUUACAGCAGCAUCUGCCUAGACGUCGGUACCAUGCUGCGCCGCACCGGGCUGCAAAUGAGCUGGUCCUAGAUAAUGGCAUCACACGUGUCAAGGCAAGCAGCUGGGGGGACCGACAUGGCUACAAACAUAUGCCUGUGUGGGACACCCUGAAGAAGAAAAAGUGUCUAGUGCAGGCCUCUGAAUGGUCCCAGUGCUCGCGCAGCUGCGGCACGGGCAUCUCCUCUCGCAUCACCAACAAGAACCCUCAGUGCAAGCUAGAGAAGGAGGCGAGAAUCUGCACCAUACGGCCGUGCCACAGCCUGACCGUCCCAGCCAAGAAAGGUAAACGCUGCUCCCCGACCCACAAAGCCUCCCAGCCCAUCAGCCUUUCCUACGGAGAAUGUCAAAGCGUCCGUCUCUACCGGCCAAACUACUGCGGCGUGUGCGCGGACGCCCGCUGCUGCUCUCCGCGCUGGACGCGCACCGUGCCCGUGACCUUUGUGUGCCCGGACGGCGAGCGCUUCCAGAAGCUGACCAUGUUCAUCCAGUCAUGUAAAUGCAGCUAUGAGUGUGGCCACCUCAAUGACGUAGCACUCCUUCCACAGCACUGGCUGUAUGGAGACACACACAAAUUCAUUGAUUAAUCCUGCCGACGGGGAACGCGCAGAGAUCAGCUCAGAGGAGGACCCUUCAGGACAAGGAGCCGUUUCUCUCUCCGUCUGGCUCCAAAACAGGGAAGACCAAAGGCAAGAUACGUUGCCGUGAUUAAUAAUCGCUAUGCUGAAAGCAACCCACGUUGUAAUAUGUGACCAGAGUGGAUUGUACACUCGUCUGUUCCGUCUUCAAACCUGACGUGGGACCCUUAAAUAGAGCCCUGAAAUCCUUAACCCUUCCACACUGAUUGCUGGUUUCAUUUAUGGAGGAGGAAACGCUUCGAUCAGUCAGAAGACAAACCCUACGCAAGCAUCACAGCACUUUACUUUGCUUUGACAUUUCUGACUGUUGGACAGCACCAACAGAGACUAAUCAGUGACAACAGAAGAUAAUGUAGACUGAUUUAUAUUUGAUUCAUCAACGCCAGGCAUUAGGUGGGCAUAGUUGAUUAGAAAUGUAAAUGAAGUUAGAAAAGCAGACACCAAUUGUGCCUGCUUUAAUGGUGUGGACACAUUAAAGAACGCGGUUUAAACCUAACCUCAGGUUUAACAUGUUACUCUGAUAUUGAUUACAAAGAGUCCAGCAUGAACUGAAACACUGAGCUUUUGUCGCAUCAACAGAUACGAUUUUGUUCCCAACUAAUUCAGUUUGAUCACACCAUUUUCUGUCAGAAUUUAUUUUGCCCUCUUGUGUUCAGUCUGUUCUGUCAGUCCAUCUCCAGGGCCGGUCAGAACUAAUCACGGACGUUAGAUUGAGACGGAUGAAGUUCAGGGUCAUUUCACUACUUGGUUAGCCUGCUUUACCCGACCCAAACCCCGUUUUGAGCAAAGGACCCCAGUCAGUUUCCAGGUUUCAGUAGACUGGCUGCUGAUUUGAGGUGAAGUUAAUGAAUCAGGAGGUAGUCUACGUCCAUCGUUAUUUUAUAAUGGCACUGAAACAACUCAGGUUUCUUUACCUGUCUGAGUGCAUGGCUGAAGAUUUUAGUUGAUCUUGAAAAUGUUGAUCUUUGGAGCAGUGGGUGGUGGUACUAUAAACCCGGCUUCAUAUGAACGGCGCACCUUCCAUUUUACAAGAGUCGAGCACCUCUUAACUAAAUUUAUUUCAACUGAAGGUUGACAAUUUGGCAGAUUGUUGGAACUUGGAUACAACUAGAAUGAUCCCUAACCCAGAGCAGAAGUGGUUUUGAUAUGGACAAAGCAAGCAAACGUUAACCUUCUGGAAAAGCCCAAACAUCCCAAAUGAUCAUUUAUGGACUAAGCUGGUCUGAACCAAAAACCAGUUCAACCAAUUUUAAUGACAUUACACCUUAUUUUAGCGGUGGUGUAUCUAUACAUUUGUGAGCUUGUAUGUAUGUUGAUCCAGUAUGAUAUGAAGAAAGUCAACAAUUUCAAACUUUU